UAAAGGUGAUUAGUUGUGUCUGUUUACAAUUUUUAUAUCAAUUCACAAAUAAAUCAAAUGGGUAAUUAUUUACUUUCCGUAGUCAAGCUUCGGACAGCGACGCGAGCGGACGAUUGAUAUUAAUAUUGGAAUAACGCGUAUCACUGUGCCCGCGAUAGUUACGAAAAUGGAGUUAAAUUUUAUUACAACCCUUAUAAAACACGAUGUGAACCACAAUGUGAAACAGUGUUUUAAAACAAAAAAGCCUUUCGUCAGUAGAAAAGAAGAAGUGAUGGCAAUCAAAAGUAAAUUUCCGACUAAAAUACCGCUCAUUGUAGAAAGAUAUCACAAAGAGAGAAAUCUACCAACGUUGGACAAAACAAAGUUUCUUGUCCCGGAAGACAUUACAAUGUCGCAAUUCCUAGUGAUUAUACGUAACAGAAUUAGAAUAAAACCAAAUCAAGCUCUCUACCUGAUAAUCAACAACAGAUCUAUGCUGAGCAUGAGUUUAACCAUGGCACAGGCGUACGAGCUGUAUGGCGACGAGGAUGGUUUUCUUUACGUUACCUACGCAUCUCAGGAAGUCUUCGGUUACCAAGAUGAUAUGACGGGAUCUAACAAGGAAGUUCAAGUAAUUAGGGACAGAUUUCCGAAUAAAAUUCCGUUAUUCGUGGAGAGAUACGCCAGAGAAAGAGAGGUUCCUGUACUAGGCAGGAACAAGUUCUUGGUGCCGCAAGAACUCACUAUGUCCCAGUUCCUGUAUAUAAUUCGCACUAAGAUGAAAUUAAGAGACUCCCAGGCGUUGUAUCUACUAGUUAACGACAAAGUGCUCGUAAGCCACAGCAUGACGAUGGCUCAAGCGUAUGACCAGUUCCGAAGCGCAGACGGAUUUUUGCACAUUACUUACGCCGCGCAGCAAGUCUUCGGUUGAAAAUAUUGGUCACACCACAUUUCCUGGUCUUGCGAAGAUAUGAAAACUGGCAUUUAAUUAAAUGAUUCUAUUAUAAAGACUGAUAGUAUUUUAUUUUUGUGAUACAUUUAGAAUUGUAGGAUUUUAAAUUAUAACCAUUAUUAUAUUUGGCUAUUUCGUAUAUUUCAAUGAGGCCGGUUCCAAUUAAAAUGUAAUUAAAUCAUGUUAUCAUUUCAAAUCAUUUAUUGUAUUUUAUUAUCUGUGUAUUUUUAGUGUUUUUUUUUUAAUAUAAUGAUUAUCAAUUGUGUCAUGUUAGUUACUUAUGUUAUUGUAUAGAAAUUCAAUUUAUAAGAAUAUUUAUGAUCUCAAAAAUUAUUAAAAUUAUAUUGGUGCCUUAAUUUGCCCUGUUUUAGAAAUAAGAGUGGAAAUAUUGUUAUAUAAUUAUUGUAAAUAAAAAAUAGUUUGUUAUA